AUGGUUAAUUGGACUUAAAGAUUUAUUACCGGUUUGAUUGGAGCCCCUAUUGUCUUAUAUACUAUUUAAAAUUAGUUAGCCCUAUGUGUCCUUAUAAAUGGUAUACAUAUAAUUUUAUAUUUUUAGUGGUCCUUUAUUUGUUGCAUGCAGAAUUUUAAAAAUUGAUUUCUAAUGUACUCAAACAUAAUUGUAGUGAUUCAGAUCGUUGGUAUGUAGAAACUAUGGCAUCCUCUUGGGUAUUCUUAUACUUUAUUAAUGAUUAGUUUAUACGAAUUCCUACACAUUAUUUCAUUACUAUGUCCAUUAUGUAGAGUAAUCCAUUAAGUGUUCAUUUACAUAUGAUUAUAUCCAUUUUCUUCUUACUUCUUGUUAGAUUGAUGAAUUAUCUAAAAAUUAGUGAUUUCUUGAAAUAAAACUAAAAGUAAUCAUACUCUUAACAAUUAUAUUAUUAGAACUAUUUCAGAUAAAUUUCCUAGUCAAAUGGUUGAAAAGAAAAUCUAAAUGUUGACAUUCUUUUAAAUGUCUGCUGAUAUAGUUUGUAAUUACUAAUUUAUACAAUUAGAAUUCAUAUUGUUUGUAUAUCCUCUAAAUUUUGUUUUAAUAGUAUUCCAAUACAAAUAAGCAUAAGCAUUAAAUUUAAUUUGGUUAAUAUCUGCUUGGUAAACUGAUAAUGGAGCAUUGUUUAUGGGUUCUAUGUUUGGUAAAACAUUAUUUUGUCCUAAAAUUUCACCAAAUAAAACAUGGGAGGGAGUUAGUGGAGGUAUAUUCUUAAGUGUAUUCUCUUCACUUAUACUUUCUUAAAUGAAUUUCUUAUCAUUUAUUACUUUGGAUGAUUUACAUACUAAACAUUUUCUAUUAAUUUCAUUGAUUGUAUCCAUAGCAUCUAUUUUUGGAGAUUUAAUAGAAUCCUUCAUUAAAAGAGUUGCUGAUGUCAAGGAUUCUGGCUCACUCUUUCCUGGUCAUGGAGGUAUACUUGAUAGAGUAUUUUAUAAUUUUAUAUAUUUAGCUUGAUUCUUUAUGUUUUAGUGCCCCUUUUGUUUAUCUAUACAUCUAAAUAUUUAUGCAUGAUGUUUUAGAAUUGGCAUGA